AUGGUAGAGAAUAUUGUUGGGAGAAAGCAAAGAAAUGGAAAGAUUUUGUACCGUGUACGCUGGGAAGGGUUUCCUCCAGAUCAAGACUCCUGGGAACCACUUGAAAAUCUACGGGAGUCUUGUCUUCCUCUUAUUAAAUCAUUUCACCUCAGACAUCGAAGAGAUAAUGUAUCCUCGCGUCGUUCUUCUCUGAACAGCUUGCUUGGUCGAACCAGAUCCCAAAGUGAACAAAAGCAAAUUCCCGACCUACUGCAGACUUCUUUACAUAAACUCACAGGUUAUACUUCUAAUGCCGAACAAUCGUAUCCAGAUCGUAGUCCAUCCUUAAAUAUGCCACCUCCGGCUCCUAUUCAGCGCACAAAUCCGCAGAGAUUAGCUUCCAUAAAUGAAGUGACAUCUGCUAAAAAUUUUGCUUCAUUAAAUUUAUCUUCCACCCCCAACCGAUUAUGCACUAUCGCCGCAAUUAAGAAUAAGCGACCAAAUUUUACCAUAUCAUCUUUAGACCAAAACAGACUUACAUCUACCUUAUUUGAGCCGACAUCAGCAGUUAUCACUAAGCUUGCAAAAACCUUGGACGUGAAUUCCCCAACUGAAGAACUAGUUGAACCACCUCUCCUUUCUAGUGGUCAAUCCUUCGAAUCAACGGACUCGCUACAAUCAAAGCCUUUCAGCAGAACCUUGCCGCAGGAAAUUCAACCAAAUUUAUCAUCAAAGCCUUCUGUUCGUAAAUCUGCACACACGCUCAUUCCAAGUUUAUCUGCUGCUUGCAAAAUUUUAACAGAUGAUACAUCCGUCGAAUCCACGACCAAACUUUCUGAGCCAGAUCAACUUGUCAAAUUCACCUCAGGAUCAUCACUUAAAUGCUCC